GACAAUAUUGAGAGACAAAACACCAUCAAAAAGCUUUGUUAAUCUUUUCUUGCUGAGUUGAAAUCAGUAUUAUUUACAGGUCAUCACCAACCAUGACUGCAUAAGGUCCUACAAGAAUUUAAAAACUAUUAAUGGUUUGUUUGGAUGGCAUAGAUUUGGAUUUAGAUUUGGAUUUGGAUUUGGAUUUGAAGGAGCCCAAAUCCAAAUCCUUUGUUUGGGUAAGUUAAAAGAAAUGGAUUUGGAUUUGGCCCAAAUCCAUCUUGGAUUUCAGGGGUCCAAAUCCAUGGAUUUGAAAUCACCUCACAAACCCAAGAAUUUAGAAAUCCAUCGCCUCACUCACUCUGUUUCACUCUGGGCUCUCCGUGUCUCUCUUCCUAGCUGCAACUCACAAGCUCUUCUUCCAAUUCUCUCUCAGCAACUUCAGAAAAAUGCAAAAGUGGGUGCUUAUAAAAACAUAAUUAUUGACAAUUGGGAAGACAUUGAGAUCUUGUGUGGGAGGGAUAGAGCUACUAGCAUUGGUGUAGAACAUAGGGAGGAUGCAGUUGAAGUUACAACCGAGAAAGGAGAAAAUGAGGUGAAUUCUCCCAUUGCACAUCAUUUAUGUCAAUAUUUGUUAUCAACAAGUUCUGCAGCUAAGCCUUAUCAAAGAAAAAAAGGAGUAGGAAAGAUCCAUUAGUUGAAGUUGUUGCAGAUAUUAGUUCCACUCUUAAAGAAUAUUGUUCCUCACUUUUAAUUGUUAAGAACUUUAGAAUAAUUUUUUAAUUGGAUAUUUUGAAUGUUGUGAAAAAACACAUGCAUUUGGGUUCUCUCUAUGUUGAUAUAGAACAUUUUUGUUGUCAAUAGUUGGCAAGACGUUUCAUCUUGACAAUUGGAUUAUCAAUGGGUUUUUCAUUACCUCAUGUAUUUA